GAGGAGAGUUGCGAAAGAGAUUGGGGCGGAAGAGCUAAAGGUUUGAAUGAAGCGCCUUUGUGUUAUAUCCGUUCGGACAUUGCGUGACCUGGUCUGCACGGGACUCGGACACGCGCCCCUCGUCUAGCAUUUGACCUCAAGCGCUCGCCUUGGAGCGUUUCUGCCUUGGGGGCUUGAGAACAGCCGUGGGAUGAGCUCUGGAUGAAUUAUCAUUGCGGCCAUACCACUUGGCAUUUCUUUUUGAUAGUACUGUUUGGUGUCAAGCGGGAGAUUUGGAUGCUUUAUAAACCUUCUUGACCGAUGGAGUAGCAUCCGACAGCAAACGCUCAUCCGCAACCCCAAACCAUAGAGAUUUCCACUACGCAUUAUAUUAAGAGGACCCUCUGCUUUUCACGUUGUUCCGCAGUUACUUGUCGCUCUCCUCCAUUUGUUGAAAAAAAAAAACCAGCAAGCGAUUUGGGGGUUCGGAUGAACGCGUUCGUUCGGACAUGACGAUGCCUCAAAAUCCAACCAAUCAGCGCGUCCACAUGAUAACCUUCCCCCACGCCUAUUUAAAGGGAACAGCGUUCACCUCUCCCCCCUUCAACUCUUUGCGCCAGCAUCAUCGCUUCAUCUCGCUUCAUCUCCACCAAAUCUUUUCCAGUUUAUUCGAAUACAAAUGGCUCCCAAGGAAGCUGCUGCUGCUCCCAAGGCCGAAAAGAAGCCUGCUGGUAAGGCACCCGCUGGCAAAGCUCCAGCAGGAGAGAAGAAGGACAAGUCCAAGAGAAAGACCGUCCGUCGUGAGACCUACUCUACCUACAUUUACAAAGUACUCAAGCAGGUGCACCCUGACACUGGUAUUUCGAACAAGGCCAUGUCAAUCAUGAACUCUUUUGUCAACGACAUUUUUGAGCGUAUUGCCGGAGAGGCUUCUAAAUUGGCUGCAUACAACAAGCGUUCUACUAUCAGCUCUCGUGAGAUUCAGACUUCUGUCCGUCUUAUUCUCCCUGGGGAAUUGGCCAAGCACGCCGUUUCUGAGGGUACCAAGGCCGUCACCAAGUACCAGGCUGCUAAAUAAGCGGUUACACUUCCUCCCGCGUUGGGAAGGGCAACCGUGUUUUCAACACGUGCAGUUGAAAGGAUACGACCUUUUUGUAGAUACUGGAUUUUGUCUGCGAAGUAAUAUAUAUAACGUUUUACCGCA